UCCAUCCAAUUGAAGCUGCGACUUGUAUGUGAAAGAAUAGGCUGCAUAUAACCUACCGACUGGAAACGUAGUUGCACAGAUUGCGAUCGUCCGAGGAAACGACAGCAACAUGAAGGGCGACGUGACUCAAAUGAACAGCAAAGGUCAGGUCCCUGUCCAAAUGAACCCAAGCAGUCAAAGACAGGAGGCCCCAGGAGGCCUUUUGGACUCGGUGAUGAAAGCGGUCAUCGUCAUUGGAUCUGGCCUCUUUGUCCUGGCAGCCUUUGGGAACUCCUUAACAUGGCAUCUGCAGAGGUUUUGGGGAGCAUCAGGAGACUUCUGGCAAAACCAGUGGACCAAAGUACACCAGAGGUGGGAGGGACACGAGACAGCCUUGUUCUAUGCCGGGGCGAUGUUUGUGCCUUUCGUGGCUUUCUGGGGGUCCAAUCUUCUGCUCAUGCUGGUUGAUUACACUGGAAUGCCCAACUUCAUCACCCGUUACAGAAUACAGGUGGACAAGAACAACCCGGUUGACCCAGUGAAGCUGCGCCACGCGGUGAAGACGGUGGUCCUCAACCAGCUCUUCAUCUCUGUUCCCAUGGUGGUGGUGUGCUGGGCGGUUAUGUUUUCGAGUGGGAAUCCCUGCGGCCCUGAGCUGCCCACCUUCCACCGAGGCCUGUUGGAGAUGGCCUUCUGCGCCGUGCUGGAGGAGCUUCUGUUCUACUACUCGCACAGGCUGUUUCACCAUCCUGCCCUCUACAAGCAUUUCCACAAGCAGCACCAUGAGUGGACGGCUCCCAUUGGAGUGGUCUCUCUCUACGCCCAUCCUCUGGAGCAUGUGCUGUCCAACAUGCUGCCUGCCCUGAUCGGCCCUGUUAUCCUGGGUUCCCACCUGGUCACAACCACCCUGUGGUACGCUCUGGCUCUGGUCAGCACCACCAUCUCCCACUGUGGCUACCACCUCCCCUUCCUGCCCUCCCCCGAGUUCCACGACUACCACCACCUCAAGUUCAACCAGAACUUUGGAGUCCUGGGGGUUCUGGACAGGCUACAUGGGACCGACGCCAACUUCAGGAAGACCAAGGCUUACGAGCGUCACACCCUGCUGCUCAGCCUCACCCCUCUGACCGAGAGCAUCCCAGACCCCCCCAAGAAGGUCCAGUGAUUCUCCCCAUCACUUCUGACCUCCACCUACAUCCCAAUAAUCUCUCCUUACUCCUGUAGUGUGCACCCGUCCAUACGGCUAAAAUCAUUGGAUUGGUGUAAGCAUGAGCUAGAGGAAAAUCUACGAUCAAGUGCACAGAGAAAGGAGAGAUUAUAGAGAUGCAAUCAGUAUACCAAGUCUGGCACUGGGCUGGCUCCUCUCCCACUGUUCCUUUCUAAUCUUGGUAGUCGAGACAGUGGAGUUCUUAUUAAAGGUAGAGUCAGCAAAAUGACGUUGCACGAGCAGCAACGCAGAUGUUGUGAUGAGCAAGACUUUGCUCUCACAGUCACACACGCCAUCUGCGCAUGUGCACGGGCUUGCUUCACGUUUAGCCUCGUGCUCCAACGCUCUUAGUUGUUGCGGAAGUUGACCCAAUAUGCUGUUUACUUUUGUGCAUCUACAUCCUAUCCCUGACUCGAGCACCUCAUUACACUGAAAACACAUGGUGGUAAUUUACUACUUUUUAUUUUACACGAUCAGAAGACUUUUGUUUCAUCUUGUUAUAACGUUCCUAGCAGUAGUACUUUCUACCUUUCCAGUCUAACCUUGUUCUCUGCUGUUAAGUAUAAACUUGCUGCUUGGAGAUAAGGACGGGACAUAUCGCUUUUUAAUUAUAAAUCCGACAUUUUAUAAUCCGAUUGUUGGAUGGCACUUUAUUACUGUAAUUGGCAGUCAUAUUAAAGAUGUAGUUGAGUGAUUCCUGUGUAACUGGAGAAAAACAUACUAAUAAGGUUAUUACAGUAUGCUUAUUGUUAGUAAGUUUGUGGAUUCUGGUCUAUGGAAAACCAUACAAUCAACUUUAUCACCAUUUGUAUGAUCUGUAUUGAUUGAUAAAUUGGUCCUUAAAGGGCUGUGCUCUGUAGGGUUGAGAUUUGGGAGUCAGUAUAGAUUUUUACAUGACCCGUAAUUCAUAAACUGUGCCAUUGUUGGAGAAUAAAACCUUAACAAAAAAACA